GGGGUGGCUGCGCCCGCUGGGGGCUGGAGACGUGUUUCACGAAGCAGAGUCCUUGCAUUGGCAGGCUGAUGAUGACACGUGCCUCCUCUUUACCACCCCCAGGCUCAAGCGUACCGCAUUGGCAUCGGUAACGAACAAGGAAAACCAACUGUGGAAGCGCUGCUGCAACCGUUAUUAUCAAUAAACCAACUAAAUAUUAGAAAUUGCAACGCGCAAUUUAGAGUAAUCCUCUGCGUAAUAAAUUGUUUUCCUUCAGAAAAAUCGUGUAUCCAGAUCGGACGUUUUCGUCGAGCUAAAGAAGAGAGUGCGUUAUUAACAAGAUGCAGAGACGGAGCGCCGACGUCUGAAGGUGACAUGAACCUGGGGAUGAUCAAGAAGUGGAGAUAGCAACUGAACAACCAUCAGGCCUUUAUCAAACCACUGUUUGUACCAUAGCAUUGUUUUAUUAAUGUAAAGAAACAUAUCUGCAAACUAAAGUUGUUGACUAUUUAUUGUAUUUGAAUUAGAAAAAAAACGUCACCGACUAGGUAAACCAGACAGAGGAAGCAACAAUGGCACAUUUAAUUCGAAGCAAGUUUCAAAAUAAACUGUCAAAUGCGGCAACUUCCAUGUCGAAUAAAUCCACUGCGAAGGUGAGCGGCAUGAUGGCCAGGAUGGGCUUCCAGGCCGCCACAGACGAGGAGGGACUGGGCUUCGCCGCAUGCGAUGAUUUGGAUUACGACCACCGGCAAGGACUGCAGAUGGACAUCAUGAAAUCGGAUGACAUGGGUGGUGGAGACGCUGGAGAAGGGAGUGGAGAGGGUGGCAUGGCUGGAGGAGAAGACGGAAUGGCGACUGGGGACAGCCACUACCAGAGAGAUGGCACCGGACCCCCGCCCUCCGGUUCUAAAGCCUCAGGUCUGGGCGAAGAAGAAAAAUCACCAAAAAUCACCGCUUGGGAAGCGGGCUGGAACGUCACCAAUGCAAUCCAGGGGAUGUUCGUUCUGGGUUUACCAUACGCCAUUCUCCACGGGGGCUACCUCGGACUGUUUCUCAUUAUUUUCGCCGCCGUGGUAUGUUGCUACACGGGGAAAAUCCUCAUCGCCUGUCUGUACGAGGAGGACGAAGACGGUCAACUGGUGCGUGUGAGGGACACAUACGUGGACAUAGCCAACGCGUGUUGUCAGCCGAGGUUUCCAUCUUUAGGUGGUCAUAUCGUGAAUGUAGCCCAGAUCAUUGAGCUGGUAAUGACGUGUAUCCUGUACGUUGUUGUGAGCGGUAACCUGAUGUACAACAGCUUUCCCACGCUUCCUAUCUCUCAGAAGUCCUGGGCCAUAGUGGCCACCGCCGCCCUGCUACCCUGCGCCUUCCUCAAGAACCUCAAGUCCGUCUCAAAAUUCAGCUUGCUGUGUACUAUCGCGCACUUCGUCAUCAACAUCCUGGUAAUUGCCUACUGCCUCUCCAGAGCGCGUGACUGGGCCUGGGACAAAGUCAAAUUCUACAUCGAUGUAAAGAAGUUUCCGAUUUCUAUUGGAAUCAUUGUGUUCAGUUACACCUCUCAGAUUUUCCUUCCGUCGCUCGAGGGGAACAUGCAGAAGCCCAGCGAGUUCCAUUGCAUGAUGAACUGGACCCACAUCGCCGCGUGUGUCCUCAAAGGUCUGUUCGCCCUCGUGGCCUACCUGACUUGGGCGGAUGCCACCAAGGAGGUCAUCACAGACAACCUGCCCUCAACCAUCAGGGCUGUCGUAAACCUCUUCUUAGUGUCCAAAGCCUUACUGUCAUACCCAUUACCAUUCUUCGCUGCAGUCGAGGUUUUGGAGAAAUCCUUUUUUAAUGAACAAGAACGCACGUGGUUCCCAAAUUGCUACGGGGGCGAUGGACGCCUGAAAGCGUGGGGCCUCACUCUCAGAUGCAGCCUUGUGGUGUUCACGUUGCUCAUGGCCAUUUAUGUACCGCAUUUUGCCCUUCUCAUGGGUCUAACCGGCAGCAUGACGGGCGCGGGGCUGUGCUUUCUGCUCCCCAGCCUCUUCCACCUCAAGCUGCUAUGGAGAAAGCUGCUAUGGCACCACGUAUUCUUUGAUGUCGCUAUAUUUGUAAUAGGAGGCAUAUGCGCUAUCUCCGGUUUCAUCCACUCAAUGGAGGGACUCAUAGAAGCUUAUAAAUAUGGCAUAGAAGAUUAGCCAAGCAACAGUCUGCUGGAUAUAGAUGUUACUGCACAUCCAUCUUAAAGUGAAUAACUGAAAUCACCACUGAGCGCAGUCAGCCCAUGCUUACACAAUUCAUGCGAAAUAAAUGCGCGCACAGAAUGCAGUGCACGCACACAUUUUCGCGUGCUCAUUACACCCUUGCAUUGACACACACACGCGUGCGCGCGCGGAGAGUGAGAGACCCAAAAGUGACAAAACAUGACACACGAUAUGGACAAUUCAACUUGUAAUGUAUAGCCUAAAUAUGACUAAAUGAAUAUCCAUAUGUUUCAGUGGAGUGAAGGUUUACAAUAGUUCAGUCGACCUAAACAAAAUGGCUAAAUGAGCAAUGCGUCAUUUCAUCUCUCUUAUGGAGGUCUCGUGCCACCUGGAGAGCCAUUUCAUUUGACAUUCAAGUUUACAUUCUUAGAAAAAAAAAGCUUCUGGAGAGAACCAAAAAGGGUCCUAUGCUUGCUUCAUGUAUGGCACAACUUAAGAUUCUAUAUAGAACCAACGUUGGUCUAGAACCCUAUAUGGAACCCAAGGGUUCUAUAUUGAAAAACGUUUGGUUCCGUGGAGAAUAACCCCUGGGGGUUCUGAUCAAAGAACCCUGCAAAAUGGUGCUAUAUAGAACCUUUCGGGGUGCUAAGCAAUAAAACCCUUGUUGGUUCUUUCCAGAAGCGUUUAUUAUAGGAGUGCGUGUGGUUGUGGACUUUGACAAUUCAACGGCAUAAUUUGACUAAAUGGUACAAACGAAGCUGUACGUUUUGAUAUGAUGCCAUUUUCUUCUUCUAAAUUAUUAGCAAUAUUUCAAAUAUUGUAAUGUGGACCUAUCAAGAUGACAACUAAUAUAAUGACAAUAAAGUAUAUCACCAAGACAGAAUAAAUAGAAUACUUUUGUUUUAUUUAUUUAACAAGCAAGUAGGUUAAGAACAAACUAUUAUUUACAAUGACGGCCUACACCUAUACAUAUCAUGGAUUAUGCCCAUAUAACGUGUUACUGAAUACUAGGAAUAUCUCAAAUAUCUUUAUUGAGAAGUAAUUAUUCUCUCCAAGCGCUAUAAUGGAAACAGUAUGAUUAUGGUGGUCUAAUUACAUGCACAGCUACGUUAACUAUGCAUUGAAUGUAUGAUAUUGAGACAGAUAAGAAAAUCAUUCUGGAGUUGGAAGGUGGAAAAGAAAACGGUGAUAACCAGAGUAAGGAAAGACGUGUUUUGGAUAUUUGAAUGAAUAACCAUUAGCCUACAACAUAUCGUUAGGCUUACACUUACCUGUCGCACAUGAAAUUGUGAGGGGAAAAAAACGGCAAAUCCCCUUGAAGUCAAAAAGCCAAAACGUUAGCGUUCGGAGAACGGCGUUUUAGGACCACAAGUUCCAAAGUUAUUUGACCCAUAUUCGCCCUAGACAGAGGAAAAUACUGUCGCGUCAGUAAGAACACCCAACCCACAUGGAAUUCUGUCACUCUCAAUUCGAAUUUAUCCCCUGUUUCACAUUAUGCAUUUUAAUUGUAAACUAUUCAUGCGAUAUUAAUGUGAAUAAUUCGAGGUCCGGAAUCAAGUGUCUGAAUAACACAAAUAUGAAGACAUCAUACAAAGAAGAACAUGCCCAUAAAGACAUUUUUUCAUUCUGUGCAAUCCAACGGGUCACGUGGAAAUGUUAUAAAACCGUAUGUGUAGUGUUAUUGUGGUUUCAAAAAGAUGGAAUGUAGCCUAUAUCUCAUAAAUCGUUAUCAUAUACCGUGAAAAUGAAUAUUAAAGAAUAAAGAAAUAAGUGAAAUUA